GAACUUCACAUGACCCAAAUUAUAGAUGAAUUAAAUUUGACAAUCUACGAAGCCCUUAUGGCAGUCUGCACUGAACUUUGUGCGACUGUGAGAAUAAUUGCAUUGUAUUGCAUUGUAUUGUAAGGAAAAGAAAAAGAAAAGCCAAGAACAUGUCUAUGUCUUCCACUGUCCCCGCUUCUCCCAAUGCUCAUCCUGGCUUUUUCCAGGCUGCUCAUUGGAUCUUGGGAUCCAUUUUUGCGGCCGUUGCUUGCGUCAUGUGCAACAAGCGAAUUCUGUCUUUAUUCCCGACUCCAUUCCUGUUAACUACGACGCAUUUCCUGCUGACCAGUGUGGGACAGCUGGUGAGGACUUUGGUUUCGUCGUCAUCGAGCAGGAAGGUGAAGGACGAAGAAGAUGAUGAUGCAAAAGAACAAGGGUGGACAUCUUCAUUAGGCGAAAGGAACACAAUGCCAUGGUGGGAAGCCGCAAAAAUCGGAACCCUAGGAAACUGCUCUAUUGGCAUCAUGAACCUAUCGCUAGGGCGAAAUAGCGUGGCCUUUUACCAGUUGACGAAAGUCUCUCUAGUCCCUGGGAUGGUGCUGUUCCAUUUUCUCGUUUACGGCCGCAAGACGAAACUCGAAACGUGCUUUGUCCUUCUUGUCAUAACUGUUGGACUUGUGCUAGCAACAGUGACGGAUACAGAUUUGGGGCUUAGUGGCUUGCUCAUCGGCCUCGCUGGCGUGUUGGGGACAGUGUCCUUUCAGCUGUCAAUGGAGACUGCACAAAGGAGAUAUAGCGUUUCAGGGCUCGACAUGCAAAUGGCAAUAGCGCCUUGGCAAUUGUUGUUAUGUUGUUCAAACUCCUACUUCUAGUUCUACUUCUGAAAAUGUGCUAAUCACGACCUCCAGCAUGUGCUACAAAGUUGUGUAUACUUCUGCUCCAUCUAAUCUCCUGCGCCUUCGUCUUCUUCUUGUUUUCGACUGACGAAAUAAGCCUGCUGCUAGCAAUACUAGGAGGUCAAGACGAGAGGAUACGAACGCUGAAUACGACGGAACUAGCCUUCUGGUGGACUUGUUCGUGCACGGCGGCGCAAUUGACUAAUUACUACUGCUACAGUACAACUAUCAGAGUUAUAUUUAUACAGAUUGCAAGUUCAUCUUGUUCUUAUCAAUCUUGUUGUUGUUAAACUAGCCUCCACAAGCUUCGCCCAGCUUCAAGUUAGUUUAGCACUUUUCUGCGGCCUCCCACGGGCUACAGCCGCUAGAGUAGAGACAGCCCGCGGGUGAGCUGAUGCACCUUACGAAUUGACUACGACAAGAGCCGAGUGCCGGCGGUGGCCGACUCAGAUGCGUCGACUCAUGUGCAGGGCAUUGCGCUGCCUUCGGUUUUUUUUUGAGAUUGCCGGGCGGGUCAUGCAAAUUCUUAAGAAUUUGCAAGACCCCCACGGCAGUCCAACAAAAAAACCAGAAGAGAGCCACCAGACACGCACAAGAAUCCGCAAGCCCCAGCGCACGCAAGCGCCUCGCGGUGGCGCCAGGCAAGAACGAGGGGCGACGUUGAUGGGCCAAACAAGACAAAGCAACGCAGGGCCGCGCUGCUUGGGUCUCUCUACGCGCUUACACCUGGCGGGGCUUCUUUGUUCCGUCAGAUGUCUCUCGUCAGAAACAGACGGGCGCACUUCGCGGGGUCGUGCGGCGUCGCGCUUCGGGCUGUGGCUGAAGCCUCUCGGCUGGCUGACGUCUUUCACCAAGCUGGAGACUAAGGCCUCCAUCAGGCUGAUGCCGUUCGUCAGACCAACGCUCUGCGCCAGGCUGGCGGCGUUCGUCGGGCAGGCCGGCGCCCCUCGGCAGGCGUCUUGGGUCAGGCUGAGGCUUUUCGUCAGGGUCGGGCGACGUCUCUCGUCAAGCUGAAGCGCUUCGCCUGGCUGACAUUCCUCGCCGGGCCGAGACUCACGCCUUUAGUCAGGUUGAUGGCUUGCUUCAGCUCGGCGCCGUUCGUCAGGCUGAUGCACUCGCCAGCCAGGUGAGGCCUCUCGCCAGACCGGCGCAAUGCUUCGCCAGGCGUCUGCCUUGCGUCGGAACAGGCUGAGCGGGGCCUUUCUUCGGGCUGCGGAUGUCUUUCCUUCGUAAGAUUGAUUCCGUUCUUUCGUCGGACUGACGUGCUUCGCCAGAUUGACCGCGUUCGCCGGACUGACGUCCUUCGCGAAAAGUCUUCGCUAUCUUCAAGGGCCUCGCGCCACAGGGAGGCCUCGCGUCAGUUUUUCUGGCGGAGGUCGUUCGUCAGAUGUCUGCUGUCGCGGGUCUCACUCUUGUCUUGUCGGAGGUCUUGGGCCCAAAGGUCGUCUUUGGUCCACAGGUCGCCGGUGGUCCACAGGUCGCCUGUGGCCCAAAGGUCGCCUGCGGUCCAAAGGUCGGCUUUGGUCCAAAGGUCGCCUGUGGUCCAGGGGUCGUUUUUGGUCCAGCGGUCGUCUUUGGUCCAAAGGUCGCCCUACUUUGGUCCAAAGGUCGCCCUACUUUGGUCCAAAGGUCGCCCUACUUUGGUCCAGAGGUCGAAGGGUCGCCUUACUUUGGUCCAAAAGUCGUCCUACUUUGGGCCAGAGGUCGGCGCACUUUGGUCCGAAGGUCGGCUUACUUUGGUCCAAAGGUCGGCUUACUUUGGUCCAAAGGUCGCCUUACUUUGGUCCAAAGGUCGCCUUACUUUGGUCCAAAGGUCGCCUUACUUUGGUCCAAAGGUCACCUUACUUUGGUCCAAAGGUCGCCCUACUUUGGUCCAGAGGUCGUCGCACUUUGGUCCAGAGGUCGCCUGUGGUCCCGCGGUCGUCUUCGGUCCCAAGGUCGUCUUCGGUCCCAAGGUCGUCUUUGGUUUCAAGGUCGUCUUUGGNUUUUAUGGCGGGGAGUUUUAUGGCGGGGAGUUUUAUGGCGGGGAGUUUUAUGGCGGGGAGUUUUAUGGCGGGGAGUUUUAUGGCGGGGAGUUUUAUGGCGGGGAGUUUUAUGGCGGGGAGUUUUAUGGCGGGGAGUUUUAUGGCGGGGAGUUUUAUGGCGGGGAGUUUUAUGGCGGGGAGUUUUAUGGCGGGGAGUUUUAUGGCGGGGAGUUUUAUGGCGGGGAGUUUUAUGGCGGGGAGUUUUAUGGCGGGGAGUUUUAUGGCGGGGAGUUUUAUGGCGGGGAGUUUUAUGGCGGGGAGUUUUAUGGCGGGGAGUUUUAUGGCGGGGAGUUUUAUGGCGGGGAGUUUUAUGGCGGGGAGUUUUAUGGCGGGGAGUUUUAUGGCGGGGAGUUUUAUGGCGGGGAGUUUUAUGGCGGGGAGUUUUAUGGCGGGGAGUUUUAUGGCGGGGAGUUUUAUGGCGGGGAGUUUUAUGGCGGGGAGUUUUAUGGCGGGGAGUUUUAUGGCGGGGAGUUUUAUGGCGGGGAGUUUUAUGGCGGGGAGUUUUAUGGCGGGGAGUUUUAUGGCGGGGAGUUUUAUGGCGGGGAGUUUUAUGGCGGGGAGUUUUAUGGCGGGGAGUUUUAUGGCGGGGAGUUUUAUGGCGGGGAGUUUUAUGGCGGCGAUCAAUGGCGAAUCUAGAUUAUUAAUCUAGAUUAAUAAUCUAGUUUUUUUUUUUGUUAUGUUUUUUAUCUAUCAACUUAUAAUAAUUAUGAUAUUCAUAUUGCUGAUGCUGGUGCUCCAUUUUUGGCCCUCAACUCUAUUCUCAUCCUGUUGGUGAUUUUUCGGUUGUGUUCCAAGAGAUGUUGUCCAACUAAGUACUCCAUCCUAUUUCCUCCACAGCAAUAAUCGGUGUCUUCUCGGCUUUGACGUACCAAGUUUGCGCCCAUGCGAAAACAAUACUUGUCCUGAGUGGCGGACUCAUAUUCUUCGGUGGUCAGGCAACGUGGGACGCCACGCAUCUCUCCGGUCUAGUUUUAACAGUAGUGGGAAUAAUCUGGUACUCCCAGAUCAAACAUGCUGAACAGAGCAGGAGCUCAACAUCUGGUGAUAAGGAGAAGAAAACAUGAUGAAAAAGCGAAGCACGGACGUCGACGGGCUUACCAAAAUAAUAAUGUCCAUAUGUUGAUAGCUGGACGUGAAGUAUUGGUUGUUUUUCCUCGUUGGUACGUUGCAAGAUGAUCUUACAUUUGAUUAUUUUGCU